GGAGAAAAGGGAAAAAGGAAUUGAAAAAAUGGAGUUGAAGUGUCGACACUAUUAGUCUCAUCUGCAAUGAAAAAGUAGUGACUGUAGCUUCCACCUUCGUUGGGCAAACCUCUGUUUCGUCAAACUAUGUCGACACUCUCUUCUCAUAACCCCUCUUCUCCUUUCAAAAUCGAACCUUUCUUCCACUCUGGUUGGGCUCCAUGAAUGACGUGCUCUGCUUUUAUAUCCGAUUCCUAACGCUUUUCCUAUUCUUCGCAUAAAUAUAUCGAAUCCCAAUUUCCCAAUUGCCAUUUUGAUAUGUUAUUCCUCGAGGAGCUUUGGCAGUUUCUCUGCCUCGGUGGAUUCGUCGACAACACUCGCAUCUCCGCAGGGACCUUUUGGCAGACGAUAUCGAAUUCCAUGACGAACGUGAGUUGCCAAAGCAUCGACUCGAAUAUCUGCCGAGACGAAUCGGCCGCGCUCGGACUCAAACUCAUCGCCAUAGCUUCGAUCCUCAUUGCCGGAGUGGGUGGAAUCGCCAUUCCCCUGAUUGGAAAACACCGCCGUUUGCUUCGUACCGAUGGAAGCCUCUUCGUCGCGGCCAAAGCAUUCGCCGCCGGUGUGAUUCUCUCCACUGGUUUCGUCCACAUGUUAUCGGGCGGGUCGGAGGCUCUAUCGAAUCCCUGCUUACCCAAAUUCCCUUGGGCCAAGUUCCCCUUCUGUGGAUUCUUCGCCAUGAUGGCUGCGUUGCUGACCCUUUUAGUCGACUUCGUCGGGACCCAGUAUUACGAGCGGAAACAGGGCAAGGCUCGGCCUAGCAGCGAAGAACAGGCUCGGGUCGGGUCGGAAGAUUCGGACGGAGCAGAAUCGGGUAUUGUCCCGGUUCAGAGCAAGGAGUGGAACGGUAAAGUGUUUGGGGAAGAAGAAGGUGGCGGUAUGCAUAUAGUGGGAAUGCAUGCCCAUGCGGCUCACCACAGGCACAGCCAUGGUCAGGAGCAGGGCGCAUGUGACGGCCAUGCCCAUGGCCAAGACGCGCACGGGCACGGGCAUGGGCACGGGCAUUCGCAUGGGUUCGGAAGUGGAGAUGAGGAAGGUGGGGUUCGACACGUCGUCGUUUCACAGGUGUUGGAACUUGGGAUUGUAUCACAUUCAGUUAUAAUAGGUCUAUCACUUGGAGUUUCACAGAGUCCCUGUACCAUAAGACCCUUAAUCGCAGCGUUAUCGUUCCAUCAGUUCUUCGAAGGAUUCGCGCUCGGUGGCUGCAUUUCUCAAGCUCAGUUUAAGACGCUUUCAACCACAAUCAUGGCUUGUUUCUUUGCCAUUACAACUCCUAUGGGGAUCGGCAUAGGUAUCGCCAUUGCCUCCUUCUACAACCCACACAGUACUGGAGCGCUGGUAACCGAAGGUAUCUUGGAUUCAUUGUCCGCCGGAAUUCUGGUGUACAUGGCUCUGGUGGACCUCAUUGCAGCUGAUUUCUUAAGCAAGAGAAUGAGCUGCAAUUUUAGGCUACAAGUAGUCUCUUAUUUUAUGCUUUUUCUUGGUGCUGGUUUAAUGUCUUUACUUGCAAUUUGGGCUUAAUUUUUAGGUAGUUUUUUUUUUUUUUUUUUAAUUAGUGUUUUUCAUUUUUCAAUUAUAUAUGGGGAAAUUCUUUGUACUUGCCUGCUCGGCUAAUUCAAAGAAUAGAGAUCAGAUCACAACACCACAAAAA